AUGGUAGAUGUUAUGGGCGAUCCUGCAAAUGAUUUUAAAUCAUUGCUUUUGAAUACUAUUGAGGCUCGUGAGAAAACCGAGCAGGAAUCAAGUCAACCAGUUCCAUUAGAGGGUUUAUUUAAUGGUAUUUUUGAUCCGCCAGUGAAAAAAUUGAAAAAAGAGAAAACAUGCAUCAACUUCGAAGGAUUGGAAUUGGAACAAUCUGAUACAAUUACAAAAUUAGUUAGAGAGUUUUUUAGAGCGUCUUUGGCUUUUGGGAGUACGGGCGAGGUUAUAAAUUAUAUUACUGGAUUAUUUAAUCAGCCGUCGUGGCAACGUGUUUGUCUUAUUUUGUCAUUAUUUGGGGCUUUAAUAACAGACUCACCCACAACAUAUGGAAUGUUAUUGGGUCUUGGUGGUGAUAUUACCCAAUCCUCAUCAAUUCUUCAACCAGCACCUAUAAUCACCAUUCCAACAAUUUUUGAAUACCUUACAUCAUCAAUUAAUAUUUCUUGUCCAGAAUUAUGGAAUGGAAUCCUGUCUUUUAUGAUUAUAAUUAUUCAACAAUAUCCACAUGCUAUGCUUGAAAUUCCUUCUCCAUUGGCUGCAGACAUUGUUAAAAACAUUUUAAAGCAAAUUAAUUUGCUUAAUGAUAAUCUUACAAGAACUGAACUUGAGUGUGUAGAAAAGGGAAAAGUAGUUAUUGAUACAUUUUUAGUUGGAAAAGAUUGUGGAGGAGUGGGUUGUAUCUCACAUUAUCACAUUAUUGAACAGUUACAAGAAAUAUAUGGACCACCUGUGAGAGGACAAUUUAUAAAAGUUCAUUGGACAAUGGAAAGGUUUAUUAACGAAUUAUCACUUCGACGAAAACGUCUUGCAUUCUUAAUGAUGCCACCUGAUGCUGCAUGGCCUUUGAUUUCACAAUACAGUCGACCUCAUGAAUAUAUUGAUUUGGCAAAAUUAGAUAAUUAUAGUCCAUUCCAAUGCGAUUACGAACAAUUCAUCGAAGAAGGUCAAGCCACAAGUUAUGCUACAAGAUUCCGGGAUAUGUUUUUUCAACGUGCUCCUAUCGAAGAAGUUGAGACAAUGAUUAAAUCGAUGAAAUCAACUCCUGUUGGAUUGGAACCUGUACGAGAUGCUCUUUUUACUAAAGUCCAUGAUGUUAUUAAGUUAGUUCAAAAUCAUUCAAAUUUUAAUGAAAAAUUAUUUCAUGACGAGCAAUUAGAAUUUACAAAUGAAGAAUUGUAUGAUGAUAUAUUGAUUCCUAAAGAUUUAGAUUUCUGGGAGCUUAUUAUUGAGCUUGGAGAUCAGUUGUAUGGAUUGGUUGCCUACGACGGAGAAAAUGUUAUAAGUCGUCGUAACACUCUACCAAAAGAUAAUACUUUAAUUUGGUUACUGAUACAGCUUUUUCAUAUCGAAAAGGUCGGAAAUCAAAUUAUUGCCAAAGACCUUUCUAAUGAUGAAAGUUUGUUCAGCAUGCUGAUUCAAUUAUAUAAUGACCAGCAAGUUAUGUCAAAAGAUGCAUUUUAUUUAAGGGAUUUGUCUUUGCAAUGUGCAAUGAGUCAUCAACAUAAUGCACUAAAAGAAAGAAGUAACUUAAAAUACAGACAUCCUCAACUUGUUGGUGCUUUGGCUUUCAGUCCAAAGAUUCGUGAUUUACAGGUGUAUUUUCUUAAAGUAUAUAAAGAGAAUGUCACAAAAACUGAUCUUUUUAAAAAUCUGCCUAUACAAGAAAUUAUAAAAAUUGCUAUUUUAAGUCAACUUAUUUUGGUUGCUGAUACUUUAUAUGUACAUUUGGUUCCUGAUAAAUUAAAUAAUGUGGGUGAACUUGGAUUUCCAGAAGCAAAAUUUCUACAAGGUGGAAAUGUUAGUCACAAGUUAUUAGAUUUUAUUAAUAUUCAUAACAAGUAUAGACUUGAGCAACUGAUAUAUAAAAUGAUGCUUUAUGGAACAACUGAACCGUUGUUCCAUUUUGAUGCCAAGGAUCAUAAUAUAACUUGUAUAUCGCCUUAUACUUUGGACGUAGUUUACAAAAUUGUAUACAGUGCUCCUUGGUCGCUUGAGCAGAUGAUUAAGGAUAUUUUUGCAAAAUUUAAGAGAAUUGACAAAUCAUUAAAGACGCAUGCUGAAGGAAAUUCCCCAAUGGUGUCAGAAUACUCUUUCAGAUGGCAGCAUACUAUUUUGCAAUUUUUGUGUCAUCGACUACUUCGUUUCUUAAAAUAUUCUUCCAAAGCUCCUGAUCUCUUACAUCACAUAAAAUAUUCAGUAUCUUAUUUGGAUCACCGACAGACCUAUCGUGACGUUGAAAUGUUUGCUAUUCAUGUUAUGAUGAUUCAAACCGAUGUCAAGUUCAUAAAAUCUAUUGCUGAUCAAAACCGGGAUAAACCUAUAUGGUUCCCGGAAUCUGAAUUGUUGGCUAGAUACAUGAUUUUCACUUUGGCUAGGUUAAUUAAAUUUAGAGGACUUGAUGAUAUCUCACCUGAAUUGAUUCAGGGAAUUCUCACAAGUAUUUAUCCCGAUAAUCGGCCAUUAGAAUGGUCUGACAUCACUUUAAGUUAUUUCCCUGAUCCUUUACGAAUAUUCUUUUCACAACAACAAGAGAAGAUGAAGGGAACUUUUCCUUCUAUUUCCGAUAAAGAUAUGGAUUCUGCUUUAAAAAUAGGAAAUUUGUUUAAAUUAUUUAUGGGAGCUCCUCUUACUUCAGAAGAUGAAACAAUGUUACAGGAACACUAUUCUAAACUUGAAAGUCAAUCAAUGUUUUUGUGUUCUUUAUGGAAAAUUGGAUGCUAUCGAAAAAGUUUGAACCCUGAUAUGAUGAGCACCUUAAGGAAGGUGUUGUUACAAUUUCCGCCUUCUAGAAUGGCUACGUAUACAGUCGUAUUGGUUGAUUUUAUUAUUGAAAAGAUCGAAAAUGAUAUCAGUGGACCUCCCGUAGAAGUGUGUUAUAAAAUGCUUGAAGAAUUGAUAUGGAGAUAUCAGAUACUCGCAUUUGAGCAUGUUCUAUUUGCACUUGUAAGUGGACAGAGAGAAAAUAAUACUGUAGUAUUGGGAAUAUUAGAUUAUCUCCUAUUCGAAUCUGAAGGAUAUUCAAAUAGAGUUCAAUAUUUCUUGUCAUUGAAAUUUAAUCAUAGAUAUUGGGUUGAGGACGAUCAUCAUGAUAAACUUAUGGAAUAUCUUAAGAGAUAUCCUGAAUAUUUUCAAUACGAAGCAUAUGCAAUGGAUGGAAUAGGAUAUACAGAUGGAUAUGAAGCUGCGGCAAAAAAAUUAGACCCACCGUUGAAAUCUAUAAACAUGCCAAUAUAUUAUACUAGUGUUCUAAGAAAAUCUUUGCCUAUAUUAGAUCUAGUUGUUGAAAGAUUUAUUGAAUUUGGUGAAACAGAUAAGUUAGUGAAACUGUUAGAUGAAUUUGGUCAACUUUAUAGGUUUCAUCAGACACCUUUAGCUUUUGUGAGAGAUUUGUUGUGUUAUUAUUAUUCUGCACCUACUAUUCGAGAUCCAACGAUUUGUUCAAAACUAAUCAAAUUAUUAGGUUGUGACGAGUACGAUUUUGUAGCCGAAUUAUUACAAUAUGAAGGAAAUAAUAUAAACUUUGAACCUUCAUACUUUGAAAAGGUUUUCCAUAAAUUAGCUGAUUAUAUGGAUCCGCAAAAGUGUGCACCGAAAGCAAAUACCAAAUACCCGGAACGACAUUUCCAAGAAAUUCCAAACCCUGUGGUUCAGGCUUUACAUAUUGCAUGUGUUGAAAUAUUAGCAAUACCUGUAAGUCCACAGGACAUUAUCAAAGCAACUUCGGAUAUUAUAUUAAUGAAUGGAAAGAAUGUUGCAGUACAACCUAUGGUAUUACAUGCCAUUGGAUUAUUAUAUUCAUUCUUACCUACUGAAGAAUUUGUAUAUAAAAUGUUUGAUGAGAUGUUGAUAUUUAUUCAAGAAGAUCCACAUCUUGGAGAAUUUUCUCAACCUUGUAAUAUGACUGGACAUUAUACGAAAGAUCCAUCAAUAGAUCCUUUACUACAACUAUUAUCUCAUUCAACACCAUUUUCAACAAUUUUUCCAUAUAUAUUUAAUGAUUACAAAUCUAAUCUACUUAAUUUCGGAACUAAUGCAGCUAAUAGUUUUUUAACAUUCAUACACAGUCUGUUACAUUAUUCAAAUAUUGAAGUCGUUGAAAAGUUUUUCACCAAACUCAUAUUGUUAAGAGGAUUAAUUAAAACGGAUAUUCAGUUACUUUACUUAUGUGCAUUAGUUGGACCAUUAAUGUAUAGAUUUGAACAUGAUCCUUCAUUUAUUACGUUUUUACGAAACUUUGCACAAAUGUUGAAUGAUGUAACUAUAAAUAUGAAAAUAGAUGAUUACGGAGACAGUACUUUAGCUUUGGAACAAAUUUAUGACUUUUUGCACUAUGUUAAACCUAUCAUUUUAAAUUUAGCACUUUGCGAUGUAUUUAUGGCAAAAUUACCCGUUCAGACUAGAUUAAUAGGAAACAGAUAA